AGAAUUUUGAAGUGUUCGGCGAAUGUAGACUGGUGGGGUUCGUACCUCCAAAAAGAUGUAGCAGAAAGGAUGAGUGAACCGAGCAGAGCCAGUAAAGAACUGCCCAUGAUGAAUGACCAUCUAAAAAUUAUGACGUAUUUGGAGCCUUAUUCUUUACCAAGUAAUUUCGAUACCAUCUCAAUGUCCAUGGAUUCACUUUUCGAUAUGCCGGAAGCAGACCAUCCUUCUUACUCAAGUAAUGCCAUGUUGAAGCCCAUGGAUCCACUUACGGAAGCACUACAGAAAUUUGAAACACUCUCUGUUGUAUCCGAAAGUUCGGAUUUAGAACUUAUCGACACUGGUCAAAAUAUUAUUGGGAAAGCAGACCAUCCUUCUUAUUCAAGUAAUACCACGUUGAUGCCCAUGGAUCCAUUUACGGAAGCACUACAGAAAUUUGAAACACUCUCUGUUGUAUCUGGAACUUCGGAUUUAGAAUAUAUCGACACUAGUCAAGGCAUCAAGCAAACUACGCGUAAAAAAACGAUCAGCAAUCAAGAAAUAACGCAAGAGAAUGUUUCUAAAGAUAUGAAAUCUAAAGCAAGAUUCAAGUAUAAAAAAGACCCAAAAGCUAAUCCGAAAUAUAUGAAAGCUGUUGAAGAAAAAGGAAAGAUCCUAGAACUAGACAUUAAAACUAAAAGAAGAUACUACAAAUGUAGAUCAAGCUACACUACUUUAAAAUCAGUUACAUGUUGGCCAGAUUAUUUCAUAGAAAAGGACUUAACACCUUUAGCAGACAACAGGCAAGGGGAUAUUAAAGUGAGCGAAGAUUUGAACCACAAACUCUCCUUGUUUUCCGGGGAUAUCACUACUUUGGAAAUCGAUGCUAUAGUUAAUGCUGCCAAUAAAACCCUUUUUGGGGGAGGAGUUGACAGAGCAAUCCACAGUGCAGCCGGGCCCAGCCUUAUGGAUGAGUUUAGAGGUUUAGGUGGCUGUGAUGAAGGGGAGGCAAAUAUAACUGGCGGAUUUAAACUACCUGCUCGAUAUGUCAUUCACACAGUUGGUCCCAAGAGAGAAGACCCGGUGAAACUGGAGCAGUGCUACAAAAACUGUUUGAAUAUCUUGCGUGAAUACAAUUUAAAAACAAUAGCGUUUCCAUGUAUUUCCUCAGGGAUAUUUGGUUACCCAAACAAAAAAGCUGCAGAUGUUGCUCUCAGCACUAUAAGGAGUUGGCUGGAGCAUGAUGAUUAUUCUUAUAAGGUUGACCGUAUCAUUGUGUGUCCCUGCUUACAAAAAGAUAAAAAUGUUUAUCGUAACCUCAUGCAGCGUUACUUUCCUUUAGAUGAAAAAACGAUCCAGGGAAAUAAAUACAAAAGGAAAUAA